GGAGAGGUCUGCUGGUGCAAGCGGGAGCGGGAGCGGGAAGGGGAAAGGAAACCAGGAGAAAGGAGGACAAGACCUUCUCGUCUGGACAUCCAAAGGUCAAGGCCAAGGAUCGAGGUUCUCCUACCUCCUCCCCGCGGUCGAGUCCCGUCUUAAGGCCAUCGACGCUUUCGCCCGCACGGAACUCCACGACUCUGGCCUAUCCUCUUCCCGCGAAAUGGAGGACCGCGCGAGGCUGUUCACCCGGGGUCAUGUAGGCGUCGUCAUCCUCACCUCUACCCGGGAACGAGCGACAGAGAUUGCGAACGACGCACUGAAGUUGGUGCAGAGGUAUGAGGGGUUUGAGCUGCGCCUUUUGGUGGAUGGCGAGAGGAAGACGCAGAUGAGGGAGUUUAUGACUCGGAGGAGGGAUGUUGUUGUUGGUACUCCGGGGAGGAUAAGGGAUUUGCUCGAGAAUGAAGACGAGUUCGCCAGGGGGAUGGCUAAGACUAAGAUGCUCAUAUUCGACGACACGGCUACGAUGCUCACCCUUGGCCUGAGGGACGACAUGGAUGCUGUCUCUGCCUAUCUGCCUGACCCAGCUCGGGUAACGUGGAUCUACACCACGGAGCUCACCCUCCCGCUGCGACAAGCCGUGCGCACCCUGCUCUCCCCCAACCACCUCUUCAUCCACGAAGGCGAAGGCGUGGACACGCCCCCCGAACCCUGGGAGCACGUCAAACAGUACCACACUGUUCUCCCGCACGCGUCUGACCAGCUGCCCCACCUUACCAAACUUAUAGCCCACGACCAACUCUCCAACCCCGGCCGAUCCAGAGUCGUCAUCUUCACCCCCACAGCCCGGGUAGCCCAGCUCUUCACCACCUUCCUGCGGCAUCUUGCCCCCUCCCUCCCCGCCGGGGGUAGAACGACCUUCCACGAAGUGCACAGCACUCUCCAGCCGGGGGAGCGAACUGCUGCCCUCCACACCUGGGUAUCAGACCCCUCCGGCAGCUCCGUCCUCCUCAGCUCAGAGAUCUCCCUCAAAGCAGAGCAGUACGGCCCCUGCACACGGAUCAUCCAGCUCGGAAUCCCCCCCUCAGCAGAGAUCUAUGCCCAGCGGAUUUCCCGCGCCUGCCUGCCUAGUGCUGACCUGCGCGCUGACCUCGUCCUCCUCCAAUGGGAAAUCGGUUUCCUCAGUUGGAUACUAGGGCAGCACCCGUUCCACCCGUGCACCACUGCCGAGCUGGGGGAGAGCCUCACUCUCCUCGCAGAGAAAUCCGAUUCUGGCCCUUUGACCUCUUUUCCCCCCUCCGUUCCGGCUACAGAAGCUCUGGACCAAGUACCGGCCGAAAUUCGCCAAUUCGACCCGGGCGUAGCUGCUCGCCUCGCUACCCUUCCCGAACUAUUCGAAGCCCUCAAGCCCCAGGUCGACGAGCUCGCAGUGAAACAGACAUUCGCCUCCCUGCUAGGGUACUAUAUCCCCAAAUCCGGCGAUCUUCGUGUCUCACGGCAGGUAGUCAUCCAAGGAUGUAAAGACUGGCCCCGAGCCUGUGGGCUCCAGGGGGAAGCGUACGUCUCUCCCGAGUUUGUGAGAAGACUGGGGAUGGAAGAUACCCGAGGGAAACGGUUUGCUUCUGCGUGGAAGGAGAGGGUUGGGGGGAUGGGGAUGGCAGUACGCCCCCGGAUGCUCAGCGAGAGGUUUCGCACCCGGGAGUGAGCAUGCCGCGGGGCUGAAAACUGAGGAAGGAGAUGGGCUGCCUCUUGAGGACUUGGGAACGAACCCGCUCUUCAGGGAGGAGGGGGAGACGCUGCUAUGUACCUCCCUUUUAGGGAAUGGGUGCAUGUGGACGAGCUAGAUAGGCGUCAGAUGUUUGAGCCGCCCUCUACUCCCCAGCAUGGGCCGUGCUUGCCUGGGAGCGGGAGGGCCGUCUUCUGCACCGGUCAGGAAUGCUUUGCAGGGAAAGGAGAGCCUUCUGAAGCUCUAGAGCCUCACAGGGACGGGAUGGAUGAUG